AUGGGAGGUGCUGAGACAUUUAAAAAAUGGCUGGUGCUGAUACUCAGCCUCGCAAACUUUCUGCUUGUCAUGUUUGGCCAAGUGUUCAUGGUUAUGAAUAUGACUCAUCAUUGUUAUACAAGCUGCAUUUAUGCCAUUAACUCAAACCUGACCAAAGAACAGCAGCUGAACAUAACCAUCCCUAGGAACACACAUGGAUCUUACAAUGGAUGUCACAUGGAUGCUCCUGUGGAUCCGGAUAUUGACUCCAUCCUAGAAUAUGGAUUUAAUUCCACUGAGCUGUGCCAAGUUGGCUGGGUCUGUCCUUCAGAACGAAAACCAGUGUCGGUGACUGAGUUUGACCUGGUAUGUGACCGAAAAGAGCUAAAUGACAUCUCCCAAUCCAUUUACAGGCUGGGACUUCUCCUUGGAGCUGUGAUCUCCUGUUCAUUAAGUGACAGGAUAGGACGGCGUCCGGUUACAUUGCUUUCCAUGCUUAUGAUGGGGGCAUUUGGUGUUGGAGUAGCCUUAGCACCGAAUUUCUAUGUCUACAUGGCUUGGAGAUGUCUUGUGGGUUUUGCUGUGUCUGGUUUCACUAUAAGCACAUUGGCCUUAGGCACUGAAUGGGUUGGAGUCUCCUGCUGGACACAUCCAGUAGUUAUCUCUUUUUGCUGCUUUUCCAUUGGACAGAUGGCUUUGGCUGGCUUAGCUUAUGGGGUUCGCAGCUGGAAGCUGUUGCAGAUUGCUGGAUCGGCCCCAAUGUUUGGUCUUUUCUUUUACAUAUGGGUCCUUCCAGAAUCUGCUCGCUGGCUUGCAAUGAAAGGGAAGAUAGAGGAAGCCAAAAAACUGCUUCAAAAGGCAGCGUGUGCAAAUAAGCAAAGCAUCCCACCAGAACUGCUGGACCAGAUGACACCUGAAAAAAGCAAAUCUGGAAAUAUCCUGGAUCUCUUCAGGAAGCCGCACUUGAGGAAAACGCAGGGCUGGUUUGUGAACGGCCUGGUAUACUGUGGCCUUAACGUGGGGAGUUUUGGCUUGGACAUUUACCUGAUGCAGCUUGUGUUCGGGGCUGUUGAAAUACCAGCUCGCUUUGCUUGUAUCCUCCUGCUGCAGUGGUUUGGGAGGAAGAAAUGCCAGGGCUGCUUUCUGCUCCUGGGCGGAGCCACGUGUCUCAUCAUCACCUGCAUCCCAAAAGAUUUGCCGGUGGUGGUCAUGACGCUGGCUGUGAUAGGGAAGUUUGCCUCUUUAUCUACCUCCUGUGUCUAUUGUGCAGAGCUGUUCCCCACCGUCCUCAGGCAGACCAGUUUGGGUUUAUGUUCUAUGUUAGCCAGAAUGGAUGGCAUCAUCUCCCCUCUGGUUGGUCUCUUGGACAAGUACCACUCUGCUAUUUCCAUAGUGAUAUUUGGAAGCACUCCAGUGAUUGCAGGAAUCCUCUGCUUCCUGCUUCCAGAGACUUGUGGCAAAGUGCUUCAGGAUUACAUAGAGGCAGCUGUGGCUAGCCAGCGGUAA